GACCCUGUCAGACAGGCAGCUGGUGUGUCUAGAAUACUCUUUCUAUGCUCUGGCCAUUUUCUUCAGUGUAUUUUUUUCUAGGUUACACAACGGCAGCAGCCUACUUGAAUAAGUCACAGAUUUUGACUCAGAAGGACAAAUUCGUCCAUUUGGAGCGCUGAUUCGGGACACAAGAUCAAACAGAUCUCUUUAACCUAAUUCUAUAGAUAGUUAAGGCGGUCGUUCAAUAUGCUUUUGGGCAAAGUGAGUUUGACUCCUGCUUUGUGCACAGCACUUCGUAUCUCCCCUGCCUUUUCCGGGAUUCAGAAGCAGAUCGGAGCAGCAGCCACGCAGAAUGCCCGCCUCUAUGCUUCUUCUCAGGCCGCGGAGGCAGUACUGGACAAGCAGGCUGUUGGCACCACCACGGCAACCAAGGCAGCCACUGCCAAGAAGGCACAGAGCGUGGAGUCCCAGUCUUUCGCCGUCAACAUGUUCAAGGGCCAGAUCAACCCCUCGCAGGUCUUUCCCUUCCCCUCAGUGAUGAACGAGGAGCAGACCCAGUUCCUCCAGGAGUUAGUCCCACCCGUUUCCAAAUUCUUUGAAGAGGUGAAUGACCCAGCAAAGAAUGACUCCCUGGAGAAGGUGGAGGACAGCACCAUGGAAAGCCUGAAAGAGAUGGGGGCCUUUGGUCUGCAGGUCCCCCAGGACCUUGGGGGCGUGGGCCUUACCAACACACAGUAUGCCAGGCUGGUGGAGAUCGUUGGCCAGCACGACCUGGGGGUUGGCAUCACUCUGGGUGCCCACCAGUCCAUCGGUUUCAAGGGCAUCCUGCUGGUUGGUAGUCCCGCCCAGAAGGAGAAAUACCUGCCCAAGCUGGCCACAGGUGAGACCCUGGCGGCUUUCUGUCUGACUGAACCCGCCAGUGGCUCUGACGCUGCGUCCAUAAAGACCCUCGCUACCCUCUCUCCCUGUGGAAAACACUACAUCCUCAAUGGAGGCAAGAUCUGGAUCAGUAAUGGUGGUCUGGCUGAGAUCUUCACAGUGUUUGCCAAGAUGCCCAUGAUGGAUGAGAAGACAGGACAAAUGAAAGACAAAAUCACAGCCUUUAUUGUGGAGAGGAGCUUCGGAGGAGUGACACACGGUCCCCCUGAGAAGAAGAUGGGCAUUAAGGCGUCCAACACGGCGGAGGUGUACUUUGAGAACGUCCCGGUACCCAUUGAGAAUGUCCUGGGAGAGGUAGGUGGCGGCUUCAAGGUGGCCAUGGCCAUCCUCAACAACGGGCGCUUCGGCAUGGCCGCCGCCCUCUCCGGCACCAUGAAGGGAGUCAUCACCCAGGCUGUGGACCAUGCAGCCAACAGGGUCCAGUUUGGCAGUAAGAUCCACACCUAUGGAGCUAUCCAGGAGAAGUUGGCACGCAUGACAAUGCUGCAAUAUGUCACUGAGUCCAUGGCCUACAUGAUCAGUGGGAACAUGGACAGUGGAUCCAAGGACUACCACAUUGAAGCGGCCAUCAGCAAAAUCUUUGCCUCUGAGGCUGCCUGGGAAGUGACUGAUGAGUGUAUCCAGGUCAUGGGAGGAAUGGGCUUCAUGAAGGGCUCUGGUGUGGAGAGGGUGAUGAGGGAUCUUAGAAUCUUCAGGAUCUUUGAGGGAACCAACGACAUUCUCAGACUGUUUGUGGCUCUCAACGGAUUCCAGGAUGCAGGGAAGCACCUGAAGUCUCUACAGAAGGCUCUGAAGAACCCUCUGGGCAACGCUGGGCUGCUGGCUGGAGAGAUCACCAAGAGGGCCAAGAGGACGGCAGGUCUGAGCACUGGGCUCACUCUACAGGGAUCAGUCCAUCCGGAGUUGUCUCACAGUGGAAGUCUGGCUGUUAAAGCUAUCGAGCACUUUGGAGUCACUGUUGAGGAUAUGCUGCUCAAACACGGCAAGAACAUCCUCCAUGAGCAGUUUGUGCUGAAGAGAGUGGCAGACAGUGCCAUUGACCUGUAUGCUAUGGUUGUUGUCCUGUCCAGGGCUUCCCGCUCUCUGAGCCAGGGUCAUGCCUCUGCCCAGCAUGAGAAGAUCCUGUGUGAAACCUGGUGUAUCGAGGCCUAUGACAGGAUCAUGAAGAACGUCAAGGACCUGAAGUCUAGUUCCACCACCCAGGUCUUUAAGAACAUGAAGGCCAUAUCUGCUGCCAUAGUGGAGAAUGGAGGCAUCGUUGCUCCUCACCCUCUGGGUUUCUAAACCAACUCAUAGAACAUUUAUAACACUGACAAACAUACUACUCCAUGAGAGGGAGGUCCUUUUCACACUACUGAAUCAAUCCAAGCUGUACAGUACUGGCUGAAACCACGCUAGAAAGGAAAAUGUGAAACCAAAAUCUGAGCCAGUACGGUUUGGGUUGGCACGAUAAUGUGAAAAGGGUGAGAAUGGGCUCUUCUAUGGGAGAAUCUCCACUGCAUACUUCUCAUGUCCUUGCCUCUUUCUCAAAACCCAUUGGAGGAGAAGGUCAGAGAAGGUAACUUUGGGUUUCUUGAAGGAGGUGAGGAGAGAGGAUGCAAGUAGUAUGCAAUUGAGAUUCUCCCAUUGUCUCAAAGACCCACUGCAGAAAAAAAACGUAAUUCUUCAAGCCUCAACGUCACAAUGCAUCACAAGCCAAGCGGAUCAACUACAUGGUUCUGACUGUUGAUUUACUGAAUGUAAAGUCUGUUUUACUUUUACUAUAUUUAUGGCCUUUUUAAAUAAUAUGUUCUGUAGUCUUUAUCUGUCCAGGAUCUCAUUUGGAACUAACCAUAUAUGUAUGGUGGUAUUUUAUCAAAUGACUAACAUGUGGGGAGAGACCAAGUUACUUUGUUGGUUUUUGUAUGAAGUUGAGAUUUGGUUCUGGAUGGCUGAGACUGUUUGGGACAAUUCUGAGGAAGGACAGUUUGAGGAAGUAUAGUGACAUCAGCCUUGUAUCUGGGAUCUUUGAAUGCAUCAUUGUGUUCAUUGUGACUAAAUUCUCUCUACCUGUUAAUAACCUGAUAUGUACAGAGUUGUGUGUGCUGCACUCACAAAUGGCCUCCAUCUGAAAUGGCAUGCAAGGGAAAAUAGGGUGCCAUUUCAGAGUCACUCAUGGUCUCUCCCCUACUAGUUAUUUGUUGUAUGUCCUUUGACAGUUGACAUUUAAUAUUAUGGUGAGGUGUCACAUUCCGUGCAAUCAACCAUCUGCCCUUCUGUUUUCAAAUCAAAUUGUAUUGGUCACAUACACAUGGUUAGAUGUUAAUGUGAGUGUAGUGAAAUGCUUCUAGUUCUGACCAUGCAGUAAUAUCUAACAAGUAAUCUAAAAUUUCACACACAAGUGUAAAGGAAUGAAGAAUAUGUACAUAUAAAUAUAUGGAUGGCCAAACAGCAUGAUACAGUAUAUGAGAUGAGUAAUGUAGGGUAUGAAAACUUAUAAAGUGGCAUUUUUUUAAAGUGACUAGUGAUACAUUACUUCCAAUUGUUUAAUUAUUAAAGUGGCUAGAGAUGAGUCAGUAUGCUGGCAGCAGCCACUCAAUGUUAUGGUGGCUGUUUAACAGUCUGAUGGCCUUGAGAUAGAAGCUGUUUUUCAGUCUCUUGGUCCCAGCUUUGAUGCACCUGUACUGACCUCGCCUUCUGGAUGAUAGCGGGAUGAACAGGCAGUGGCUCGGGUGGUUGUUGUCCUUGGUGAUCUUUUUUUUUCACCACUUCACUCCUUUGUGUACGGUGAUCAUUUGUUCCCUAAUGUUUUACGUAUUCUACAUUUGUCUUCAUAUGACAAGGAUUGGAAAGGAUUAUACUCAGAGUUUGAGUGCGUGUAACUCACGGUUUUACAUAAGUAAUUUUGGGGACAGCCUGUUUGUGAAAGUCUAUUUUGACGAGCCGGCAGGAAUAGUGGUGCAGCACACUCAACCACCAAACAACUCUAGUGCCUGAUAUUCCAAUUGCCUUUGCCAGGGGUUGCAGGUCUAUUUCUAAAAUGUAUUUAAUGGUCGUACCGGUAUGUCGUGUUGCUGAAUAUGUACCGUAAUCAAUAAAGAUUGGCUUGUGGCUACUUCUUCAAUCAUGUUACUGUCAAAAUGAAUGUAGCAUUGAUGAUAAUAAAGGAAGAACUUGUUUCGUCA